AGUGCAUGCUGGGUAAGUGACUCUGAGUAGUGGGCGUGUGCAGUGAUAGUAAAACUGGUUGGAUGAGUUUUAGGAACUGAAUGAAGUUUGCUGCAGCAGAGACGUGCAGUCACACCAAGCAGAUCAUGGAGUGCUGCCCUCUGACCACUCACGUGCUGAACACUGGAGACGGCGUCCCGGCAGCCAGGAUGGCCCUCAGCCUGCACCGACUCGACUCCAAGCUGAUGAUCUGGAACAUGCUGAGCGUCGGGACAACAAAUGAAGAUGGCCGAUGCCCAGGACUCAUCACCCGAGGAGCUUUUGUCCCCGGCAUGUACAAGCUGCGCUUUGAGACGGGUUCAUACUGGGAGAAUCAGGGUCAGACCUCCUUUUACCCAUAUGUCGAGGUUGUGUUUACCAUCAGUGACCCGGAGCAGAGGUUCCACCUCCCUCUGCUGAUGAGUCGGUUCUCCUACAGCACCUACAGAGGAAGCUGAGCGCUCAGAGGACGACCGGCUGCAGCUUCAACGCAGUGUAACCAGGGAUGGAGAGGGUCUCUGUUUUCUACAACUUGGACUUCUCCAGUUCAUGUGCUUGUUUGUGUUUUGUCCAGUUUCAGUGUUACAUGUGCUGAGUUUUAAAUAUUUUAUUGCGAUUGGUGUGAUGCUGACAUUUUAAUCAACAUACUGUAAUUAAUGUAACAGCAGCGGUGCAUAGAAACAUUAAAGGUCGGUUUUACCCCUUUAAGUUACUUAUUAAAUGCAUAUUUAACAUUUA